AUGGAUCGGCCAAGAAUCCAGUCGACUGCCGCGCUGUGCGCGGCACUGUGCGCGGUGGCCCUUUUCCCCCCACCCGCCCGAGCCCAGGACGCCGCGGCCUGCGACCAGGCGUCGAAGGAACUUUAUCCCGAUGGCCAGCAAGUGGACGCCGGCUCGUUGCUGCCCUUGGCGUCGCUGAAGGUUCCCGAAAGCUGCGGGACGUUCCAAUUCACCAACUUGGUGGACUGCGCCACUGACCUGAACGUCAAGGAGGGCUGCUGUGACGAGAGCUGCAAGGCUGUGUUUUCGAAGAUUCCAGAUGCCUGCAUUCAAGACGUUGGAGAAGUCUUGUGCGGACUGGAUGAGUUUGCGGACUUCGUCGCCAUUGUGGACAAUCUUGCACGGAGAUGCGAUGACGACUAUUCCCAGUUGUCGUGUGGGAGCAAAGAAGAGCAGGAUCAGUGUGAUGCAUCAACAAAGACUCCAUUCCCUGAUGGAAAGAAAGUGGAUGUUAGUUCCUUGCUUCCUUUGGCGAAGUUGGAACUUCCUGACAGCUGUGGGCAGUUCCAAUUCCACUACUUCGUGGGGUGCUCUGACGACUGGGACUUUGAGAAAGGCUGCUGCAAUCUGAGCUGUCAGAACGUGUUCUCACAGGUCAGCAACACUUGCAUCCAGGAUCUUGGAAAGGUUCUGUGCGACAUGGGCACCUUUGACGAUGUCGUGGCCACAGUGAACAAUCUUGCAAGAAGGUGUGACGAUGACUACACAGAGGUCAAAUGUAAGAGCAAAGACCAAACUGAUCAGGGCAGCGGCGAAUGCAAUCCAGAUUCCAGGACACCCUUCCCAGAUGAUGAGCAAAUCGAUGUGGGCGAGCUGCUGGCCCUUGCGACGUUAGAUACUCCAGCAAGCUGUGGUGAUUGGAAGUUUGCAAGCACGAUGGACUGUGCCAGCGAGGUGAACAUGAUGAAGGGCUGUUGCGAUCAGAACUGCAAAGACGUUUUCAAGCCUCCCAGGGCCUGUUUGGAAGAUGCUGCACAGCUGCUCUGCGACUCUGGAUUUGCGGAAUUUCUUCCCAGGCUCAACCAUCUUGCAGAACGGUGUGAUGAUGAUUACAAGGAACUCGUCUGCAAGAAGAGUGGGAAGAAAGGGAAGGUGUGCAAAACGUCGUCGAAGACACCGUUCGCUGAGAGUGAACGAAUAAAUGUGACUGGGCUGCUGCCCAUUGCGGAUUUGGAGGCUCCCAAAUCUUGCAGCGACUGGCCAUUAACAAAAAUGGCAGGAUGCUCUGCGGAAGUGAAUAUCGAGGAGGGCUGCUGCGACCAGAUUUGCAAAGAUGUCUUUGAGAUUCCUAAAGAGUGUGAGAAGGACCUCACCAAGCUUGUAUGCGAUUCUGGAUACGAAGAUUUCGUCCUCCGAAUGAACAAUAUUGCACGCAGAUGCAGCGACAACUACUCCAAACUGAAGUGCAAAGGAAAAGGAAAAGGAAAAGGAAAGGGGAAAGCUGGAAAGAAGGGCACCAGUACACAGGACUCUGCUCCAUGCGACCCAGAAUCCAGGACACCCUUCCCUGAUGACCAGAAAAUACACGAGGAUUCUCUGCUUCCCAUGGCAAAAUUGGAGGCUCCUGAAUCUUGCGGAGACUUGCAGUUCACUGGCAUUGGAGCGUGCCUACCUGAAGCAAAUAUAAAGGAAGGCUGCUGCAAUCAAGACUGCAGAGAUUUCUUCUCCCAGGUCUCCGAGGAGUGUUCUAGCGAUCUCGGGGAGCUGCUGUGCAGUGAUUCCAACUUUGCAGACAUUGUCCCCAGAAUGGACAAUGUUGCAAAGCGAUGCGACGAGGACUACAAGCCGCUCUCGUGUGAAGGCAAGGCCGACAGGACUGCUGCAGGGGACACAGAUACAGACUCCACAUCGCAGGCCACUGGACCCUGUGAUCAAGGAUCCAAGGUGCCCUUCCCCAGUGACCAGCAAGUAGAUGUGACUUCCUUGCUGCCAUUAUCGGAUCUGGCUGUUCCUGACACUUGCGGAGAUUUUCAAUUCUCCAGUUUGGUGGCAUGCACUGCCGACUUGAACAUCAUGGAGGGCUGCUGCGACCCGAACUGCAGAGACCUAUUCGCUCAGGUUCCCUCGAGCUGUAUUCAAGAUCUCGGCAAGCUUCUGUGUGAACUUCCUGAAUUUGCCGACUUCGUGGCCACUGUGAAUAAUCUUGCCAGAAGAUGCGAUGAUGAUUACAUCGAGAUUUUGUGUGAUGGCGAUGGCGCAGCAGCGAAAAGCGGUCCAGUUGCGAAUGGCGGACAACUCCAGGACGGCGGUGUGUGUGAUGAAGCGUCGAAGACUCCCUUCCCCGAGGACCAGCAAAAAGAUGUGGCGACGCUUCUGCCCCUUGCCGCACAGGAAGCUCCGGCUACAUGUGCAGGCUUUGAGUUUGCCAACUUGGGAGGCUGCAUUGCCGACCUAAAUAUCAUGGAGGGGUGCUGCGACCAAAGCUGCCGGGACGUCUUCGAGCUGGUUCCCAAGGCCUGCUUCCAGGAUGUGGGCACACUCCUCUGCAGCCUUCCCGAAUUCGCUGAUUUUGUAGCUACAGUGAACAAUCUGGCGAGGAGAUGCGACCCUAACUACAGAGAGAUUUCCUGCGAUGCCAUUGGCACUUCGCAGAACGGGCAGCCACAAGUCCUGGGACCGUGCGAUGCAUCAACGAAAAUCCCCUACCCAGAGGACCAACAAGUGGAUGUCGAUAGGCUACUACCCUUGGCACCGCUCGAAGCUCCUGAUACGUGUGGAAACUUCCAAUUCACCAACUUGGUGAACUGUGCUGCCGAUUUGAACAUCAAGGAGGGCUGCUGCGACGAGAGCUGCCGAGUUGUCUUUUCUCAGAUGCCCAGCGCUUGCGUCCAAGAUGUUGGAAAGCAAUUGUGCGAUAUUCCCGAAUAUGUGGACUUCGUUCCCAUUGUUAACAACGUCGCAAGGCGAUGUGCUGUUGACUUCAUGGAAGUGUCCUGUGGGGGAGGCGGAAGCCACGAAGGGGAAGAUCAACGAUCGCCACCAACAGUGAGGCUGAGACUCGAUUUCAUGCUUGAAAGUUUUUCGUGUUCUCGGUCUCCCAAAUGA